AUGAAUUUUAAUGAUUUGUUUAUUUACCAUCAAUAUAGGAUAAAGCAACAAGAACGAGCAGAUGAAUACCGUAAUGAAGUGGAAGCGAUGAAACGACGAGUUCAAGCACGAGCGCUUAUUGUCGAACAACAAGAAAUGCUAAUUAAAAUGCAGCGAUUUGAACGAAAAUAUAAGGAAACCAUAAUGGGAACACGAAGUAAAACACAAAAACAAACUUCUAAAACGGAAGCCAAUAACGAUAGUUUGUUUAUAUCAGAUAGUGCAGAUAAAGGAAAAGAAGAAGAUGAUAACGAAGGUGAUGAUAAUGAAGAUAGUGAUAAUAAUAAUGGUGAUGAUGAUGAUGAUGAUGUUGAUUAUUAUGAGGGUAGUAAUGACAGUGAUGAUAAUGAUGGUGAUGAUAAUUAUGAUGAUGAUGGUGACAAUGAUGGUGGUGGCAGUGAUGAUGAUGAAGAUGAGGAAAGCGAAAGUGAGAAUGACUCCUUUGAAGAGAUUUCUAUAUCCGGGUCAAAAAAUAGUACAAGUUCAUUGGAGAACUAG